AUGGGAGGAGAAUGUCCUCGCCAUUGCAUCAUUCGUUUGCAGCACCUUCUCUCCAGUCACACUCUACUAGACAUUCACCCCCGUUUAGAGAACUCUGAUACUCUCACAGAUGUCGCUUUCAGCCACUCGGAGCGGUACAGCUGGCGGCUUCUGAUUGGCUCUAAUCAUGGGGAAAUCCGGGUUUACAACUUAGAGAGAGGAAGGAAAGGGCCGGCAGGGAGUGGAGACAAAGGUGGAAGAGAAAGAGAAGGUGGAAGGAGGGAAGGAGUUGCAGGACAGGGAGGAGGAGGAGAAAGUGGAGGAUUGAAGGGAAGAGGAGGAAGAGGGGUGAAGAGAAGAGGAGGGAGCGUCCGAGAGGCGUCGAUUUCAUUAACCAUCAGCGAAUGGGAGCAGAUGUUGGAAUUCUCCCUUAACGAGCGGAUCUUUUGUGUCACUAUGGUAGGCGAUGGCGUGCAGUGGGGUGUCUUCGCUCGCCUGUGGGACGUCGAUGCCUCUGCUGUCCCCGCCCUCCUCCCCCAGGUGCGCCCUCCUCCCCCAGGUGCGCCCUCCUCCCCCAGGUGCGCCCUCCUCCCCCAGGUGCGCCCUCCUCCCCCAGGUGCGCCCUCCUCCCCCAGGUGCGCCCUCCUCCCCCAGGUGCGCCCUCCUCCCCCAGGUGCGCCCUCCUCCCCCAGGUGCGCCCUCCUCCCCCAGGUGCGCCCUCCUCCCCCAGGUGCGCCCUCCUCCCCCAGGUGCGCCCUCCUCCCCCAGGUGCGCCCUCCUCCCCCAGGUGCGCCCUCCUCCCCCAGGUGCGCCCUCCUCCCCCAGGUGCGCCCUCCUCCCCCAGGUGCGCCCUCCUCCCCCAGGUGCGCCCUCCUCCCCCAGGUGCGCCCUCCUCCCCCAGGUGCGCCCUCCUCCCCCAGGUGCGCCCUCCUCCCCCAGGUGCGCCCUCCUCCCCCAGGUGCGCCCUCCUCCCCCAGGUGCGCCCUCCUCCCCCAGGUGCGCCCUCCUCCCCCAGGUGCGCCCUCCUCCCCCAGGUGCGCCCUCCUCCCCCAGGUGCGCCCUCCUCCCCCAGGUGCGCCCUCCUCCCCCAGGUGCGCCCUCCUCCCCCAGGUGCGCCCUCCUCCCCCAGGUGCGCCCUCCUCCCCCAGGUGCGCCCUCCUCCCCCAGGUGCGCCCUCCUCCCCCAGGUGCGCCCUCAAUAACUACGUUGUUCCCUUAUUCUCCCCAGGCCCAUCCCCCAUGCACGGAGAUUCUCCAUCUGGAUUUUUGA